ACCUGAUAUGUCUUUGAAGGCUAAUCUGUUGGAAGAUACUAGCCUUCUUGCCGAUGACUGAACCGGCGUCGUUGCUGCCUUUGUGAUGAAGCAUUUAUACACCACCUUCGUUCCUUCUUCCCCAAGCCAGAUACCCAUCUCGCAUCACUCCGAAUCUUUCCUUCCGACGAAAUCAACCACUUCACUGGAAAUUCUGGUCCUCCGCCCUAAAGAUUUUAGAACACUCGAGAUAAUCCUACUCUUCGAGCACCAUGGCGUCCUCCGAUAUCCUUUCGCAAACCUUGAGUUCUAUCACUGAAAUCAAGCUCGCGGAAAUAUCCAAUCAACGAUCGACAUUCGAAGGCAUCAAAGCUGAGCUCAUCCGUACUUCCAAGGUCGAGCAAGACCAGCGAGAGAAAGUCGACAUUCUCCUCCAAGGCCUAUAUGAUGUCGAUAAACUCACUCGAUUGAGCCCGAACACUAUGAGCUACCUGACCAAUGUCGCGAAGUUCCUCGAACAAGCCCGUCACGAUCCUUCCGUUUCUAUCUACCUUCAGAAGGACUGGGAGACAAAGCUUAUUAACAUGCUCGAUGUUCAAAGCUUGAAGUAUGAAUACGCUUCGCUCUACGGUAGGAUGGUCAAUGAAUGGUUGUCAAGCUCCGAUGAAAAGUCCGAGGUCUCGUCAGACAAUGGAAGCUCCUCGUUUGAAAAGGUUGGAAGGAAAGAGAUGCAUGAUCAGCGCGCGACAUGGGAGGAAUACGUCUUCAAGCCUCUCGAAACCGACACCACUGCUAUCAAGACUUAUCUUGAGAAGCUUUUCACCUCGAACAAGAUUAUCAAGUCCGCGUAUGAUACACUGCUGGAGGAAACGAAGGACUUUGAAGACUCAAUGGACACCGAUGUCCACUUUGACGACAAGGUGCUUCGCUGGAUUAUCAACGGGCUUCUCCGCUCAGACCUGCUCACCGACGAGAAGAAGUCUCUCCUGAAGGACUUUCUCAACAACAAAGUGGUGCUUACUGAACUUGCUGAUGUACUGAACAUGAGAAUUUCGUCCCUUGACAAGUGGUGUUGGGAUCCUGUAGGAACUCCCGUGGAGCAGCGACGACAACUUAGUGGCCGUUACAGAUUCUAUCACGAUGAGGAUCUCUUGCAGACCAUCCUACUUCGAUAUAUCGGUGUGAAAUGGUCGGUUCAUUUCAAAUCUGCUUUGAUUACGUUCCAAACCACGAUGGAUGUUUGGAAGGCAUCUGCGACCCCAGUCCUAGCUGGGGAUAGGAAGCGUCGGCAGUUCUUUCUCGGCAGCAACUUAGCUGAGCCUACGGUUACAGUAGAAUCGAGUCGCGCAAGACACUUCAACGACGAGAUAUUCUUGGAACAGCUUACUAGUGAAGCUGAAGAGCAGCGUGGAGGUUAUGAUGACGAUGCUGAGAACGUACGUGACACUCGAAAGAGCGGACAACAGAUCACCCAGUCACUUCUGCAUACAUUGGCCACCGAGAUCAUCAUGAAAACCCGGCUGGGAGAGGAAAUGACGGUCGUACGUACUGAUUUCAAGUGGUUUGGACCUUCACUUCCGCAUUCCACAAUGUUUGCUGUCUUGUCGUUCUUUGGGGUCUCGAAGAAUUGGAUUUCGUUCUUCUGUCGAGCCUUGGAGGCACCAAUGAAGUUUGUUCAGGACGGUCCGGAAGCACCAGUCCAGAUUCGGAAGCGUGGGACUCCGAUCAGCGGUCCUUUGAGUGACAUGUUGGGAGAGACAGUUCUGUUCUGUCUGGAUUUCGCCUUCAACCAACAGACAGAUGGAGCACGAAUGUAUCGACUACACGACGAUAUUUGGUUCUGGGGCGAAGAAAAGGUAUGUGUGAAGGGAUGGGAACUUAUGAAGAACUUUGCGAAACUCAGUGGCCUGGAGUUUAACGACGAGAAGACUGGAAGUGUAAAAAUCACCAGAAAGCCAGGUGGCAAGCCAAAAGUUGCCUCCUCUCUUCCCAAAGGCGACGUUAGUUGGGAAUUCCUUAAGUUGGAUGCUGGGACUGGUCGUUUCCUAAUUGACCGUGAGAAAGUUGGAAAGCAUAUCGAAGAGCUUCGUCUACAGUUGGAUGCUUGCAAGUCUGUCUUCGAUUUUAUCCAGGCGUGGAAUGUCUACGGUGCUCGGUUUUUCACCAACAAUUUCGGGAAGCCAGCCAACUGCUACGGACUUGAGCAUGUGGACAUGUUGUUGGACACGUUCUCGCAUAUUCAAUCGAAGCUGUUCCAACAAGGUAGCGUCACCUCCACCCUGCAAGAGAUGAUCAGUCAACGAUUCGGUGUCGAGGACAUUCCUGAGGGCUAUCUUUACUUCCCAAUGUCAAUGGGUGGUCUUGACCUCAAGAGCCCCUUCAUUGAUCUCUACCUCGUCCGAGAGACCAUUACCAAGACUCCGGAUUCCCAUAUGGAUCAGUUCUUCAUCGACGAGGAGGAGGAAUACCGCCGAGCAAAGGCUACUUUCGAAAAGGGCACAGUUCCGGGGCAAGACAGACUCCCUUACAGUGUGAGGGAGCAACUAGCCAACGAACCUUUUAUGACUUUCGAAGAAUUCUCUCGAUAUCGCGAACAGACUUCCGCUUCGCUUUAUCGGGCCUACUCCAAUUUGACCAAGCAACCUAGAUUGGACCCUGUUGUUCGUACUUCGGAUGUUCUGAGCCACGUGGAGAAUCGGGCUUGGAGCCGUUUGAGCGAGUAUCAACAAUGGUUGGUCCAACUUUAUGGUUCUGAUAUGAUCCAUCGCUUUGGAAGCUUGAAUGUUGUUGAAAAGGGUCUGUUGCCUACUGGCAUGGUCUCUAUGUUCCGCGAGAGCCGCUUCAAGUGGCAAGGUUAGAGAUUGGUGGUAGACAAGGAAAGCAUUGAGUGAUAGUCUAGAGUAUGGAUUUUGGUUCUUUCAGUAUUGUACAAUAGCAUAGAUGAUUCGAGAAUAUGCAUCAUGGGACAACAUAACUAUGGAUGCUCUUCAGCCUGUGAGAGGGCAGCAAUGGAUAAAAAUUACAUGACCUGAUUUCCAGAUACUCUUGCCACUCUUGGUGAUCUCAACAUUAACGGAGAAGAUAUCAAAGCAAAUGCAAGAGUCGACUUGUCAAAAGAUUUAGAGGUACCUCGACCAUCACCUACGCCUAAAAUUUAGACAAGUAGCAAUGUCAACAGAAAUC